AUGGAUUCUUUAACAAAAAAUAUAAAAGAAGCAAAUCACAAAAGAAGAAAUUUAUAUUUUAAUUGUAGUAGUAGUUGUACAAAAGAAAAUGGUUUUUAUGAUAAAAAAGAUAUUUCUACUACAAUAGAACAACAAAAUCAUAAUUACAAUAAUGUUUUUUAUAUACAUAAUGGCAUAGGAUUAGGAAAGAAAAAAAACUAUCUCCAUAACAGGGGAGAUCUAAAUUCAAAGAAUUUUUUGAAUCUUAAUAAAAACGUAAACAUAUUAUAUAAGAAAAGCAUAAAAGAUCAAAAAAAAAAAAAAAAGGAAGAAAAUUAUUCAUAUUAUGAACCUCUUAAGUAUCCUGCAUUUAAAAUGUCAGAUAAAAUAAAAUCACAAAAAAUAAAUGAAGAAACAAAAAAUUAUAUGGAAAAUAGCGCUAUUACUGAAAAGAAUGAUAAAGAAAUUAGUAAUCAUAUAACAAAUGAAGAAUAUUUAAAUUAUGAUAAAAAAAAAUUAGAUAUCGUAAAUAAUGAAAUAAGUUUAAAUAAAUUUAUUAAUGAAGUAAAAUAUAAACAAAAUAAUUGCAGUAUGACAAAUACUUUAAGCCAUUUAACAGAAAAAAAAAAAAACAGUAAAAAAAAUAUGAAUGAAACAUUUUUUAUAGAAAGAAAUAAAAAUAAUUUGAAAAAUUAUAAUAAAGUGGACAAUAAAAAUAUUGAUUAUAUAUAUAUUCAGAGAGAAAACUUAGUUAAUGAUGAGUUGGAAAUAAAAUAUGAAGAAAACAAAGAAAUAUAUAAAGAUGUAAAUGAAGAAGAAAAGUUCAUAGAUAAUAACAAAGAAUAUAAAGGAGAAAAAAUAAAUAAAACAAGACAUAAUAAGUAUAAAACAUAUCAAGAUAAAGAAAAUAAUGAUGAUAUAAAUGUAGUAUGCAGAGAAGAAUUAACGGAUACAGUCGAUAUAACACAAAAAAGUAUAAUUUAUUCUAGUGAUGAAGAUAACUAUUAUUAUGAUAAAGAAAAUCAGGAGAUAAAAAAAUUUCUUGCUAUUAAUCAAACAAAAUUUUUUAUAAAUCCAAGAGAAAUCACUAAUGAAGUAAAAUUUAUUUUACAUAUGACCCUACUAACAUUAUAUAAGGAUCAAAUUAAACCAACUUACAGAAAAAUUAAGCAGAGAUUAAAGUGUUUUAAUGAAAAUUUUGAAAUCAAAUACAAUUUCUUAAAUAUAUACGCAUCGUUACAUAAUCAAUAUAUAGUUGUAAGAUCAAAAAAAAAUAAUAUUUUUGUUCUUCUACGAGAAACACCUAAAUGGUUUUCUGGAUGGGUAAAAACGAGAAGUUUUAGAAAUUCCUACCCAAAAAAAAUGUGGAAAAAAAUGAUUACAUAUUUUUUAGAUAUAUGUAAAUCAAACAAAAGUAAUUCACAUAUAUACUUUUUAAUUGAUUUUGUUAAAUAUUUGAAUAAAAAGAAAUACAUAUUUUCAAUAAAUUCAAAGAAUGGAGACCUUUGUAAUUUAUAUGAUUGUUCUAUUAAUGAUGAUAUGGAAAAUGACAUUUCAAAUAAAUAUUGUUUAUUUGAUAUGGAAAAUAAAAAUUUUUCUUAUUUUUCUCAUUGUAAUAAUGACUAUAAAGAAAAUUUUGAAAAAAAAUUUUUAAAUUACUAUAAUUUUUUCUUAGAAGAGAAAGAAAGUGGUAUAAGAUUAAGUCAAGAAGAUAUUUCAAAAAAUCACGAAAAUAUUAGUGAAAACAUUCUACUUAAGGAAGAAUUAAAUGAUAUAAAAAAAUGUUCAACGAACAGUAAUCAUGAAAAAAAUUUAGAAAAUGAUUUAAGUAAUUUUAAUUUAAGAAGUAAUUUACAAAAUGAAGAAAAAAAGGUGGAUGCAAAAAUUCCAUGGGAAUUUGAUAAUGAUAUAUAUGAAGUUGCAAAUUUUUUAAAAAAAAAAAAUUUUUAUUUUUUGAAAGAUUAUUCAUUAGGUAAAAUUGCUCAUAUAAUUCAGUUAUGUUUAUAUAAUGGGUUAAUGCAUGAAGAAGGUCAAUUAAUAAAGCCUUCAUGUGCUGCUAAGAAUAUCGUAUCAUCCAUUUUUUACUUUAGAAAUAAUGAAGAUAAUUUAGAUUGGAGUAACACUCAAUUACCAAUUUUUGAAAAUGAUAAAAAUACAAAUUAUUUUUCAAAUAACUUUCCUACCGAAAAUACCAAAAAUGAUAAUCUGGGUAAAUUUAAUUAUUCUUUAAAUGAAUUUAUAUUUGAUGAAAUCAGUUUUGAAAUAAACAGCUUGUUGAAAAAACAAAAUUAUGAAGAUUUUUACAAAGAAGAAAAAAAUUAUUUAAAAAAUGACGAGGAUUUUUUAAAAAUUUAUGAAAAUUAUUUAAAAAACGAUGAAUAUUUUUUUAAAAAUGAUGAUUUCUUUUUUAAAAAUAAUGAAGAUCCUUCUAAGAGUAAUGAAGAGAAGUUUUAUAUUCCAAUCAAAAAUAUAGAAGAUGCUAAAGUAAAAAUAGAACGUUUACUAAAAAAUAGUUAUAAAAAGAGAAUUUUUCUUUGUUUAUUUAGAGAAAAAUUUUUCAGAAAAUAUAAAGAAACCAUAAACCCGUUAUAUUUUGGAUAUAAUAGUUUAAUUGAAUUCCUUUUUUUUAGUUGUAAAGAUGUGUGCAAAAUUUAUAUUUUAAAUAAUAAUUUAAUAUUAUUUCAUCCUAGUUGUGAUAUAGAGUAUUUAAAAAAUAACGACAAAGAAAAUCUUGUAGAAGAAUUUUCUUAUUCUGAUUAUUGUUACAAUAAGUCAGAAAAAGAAAACAGCAAAUUUAAAAAUAUGUCACUAGAGAUAUGCUCCAUUAUGAAAGAUUUAGUAAAAAGAAAAAAUACUUUUUUUAUUACUUUUUGUUUUUGGAAGAAUAUGAAUAAAAAUAAUAAAAACAUAUUAGACAAUAUUACUUUUUUAAAUGGUGAAGAAUCUGAAAGACAAAUAAAAAGAAAUCAAAAUGAAGAAAAUUAUUUUGUUAAUAAUAAUGAAUCAAAAGAAAGUAUUCCUUAUUAUAAAAUUUUAUAA